AUGUGUUUUCAGACGUCUGGACUUUUUUAUGCAUCAUUCUCAGGCCUCUCCAUUCCCUUUCCUUUCGCAUCAGUUAUUUUCUCUCAAAUUCUACUCUCUCUUGCACCAUACAGUUACUACCCUAUUGCUCCCCCAAACAGGAAAUUGCUGGAGAUUUCUCAUGUUGUUAAUUUCCUUCCUUAUAUGUUUUCUCAUGAAUUUAUAAAGAUAUUUAGCCAGAGCUUUUCUCUUGGCGUUUGGAGCUGCUCCCUUGGAAAACUGCAAAAUAGUAUGAUGGCUGCCAAACAUAAUAGCAUGAUGUUUGUUCUUAUCUUCCUCUUAACCUGA